AUGGCUCGGCGUUUGAUUCCACUGUUGAAUCGGGUUUUGGGGGAGAAAAUCGUCCCUCCAUCAAAAAUCAACACUGGCAUUUUGGUACCCGAGAAAUCUUCCCAGCUGAAAUCUGGAAAAGCUAUUGCUGUUGGCUCUGACAUUCACAGUAAGGAUGGGAAGGUAAUUCCUGUGGCUAUAAUGGAAGGUGACACUGUUCUUUUGCCUGAAUAUGGAGCAACUGAGGUGAAGCUUGGUAACAAAGAGGAAAUUACAAACACAAGAGAAGCUAGUAAUGCAUAUGACAAAUACAAUAUAAAAAGUUUGUCUGGAUGCCUGAACUGGACUUCAAGGCCAAAUGAUAAUAGUCUUGCUACCUGCCAUUUGCUAAGUCGUCAUUUUACAUCUGAACACAAUGAUGGAUGCACAAAGGAGUUCUCAAGGAAGCUUCUUGCAAGUAUUCCAGACUUUGUAAAGAUAGUGGAGGUUGGUGCAAGGGAUGGAUUGCAAAAUGAGAAGGCUAUUGUUCCUACUGAUGUAAAAGUUGAGUUGAUAAACCUGCUUGUUUCUACUGGGCUGUCUAUUGUUGAGGCAACAAGUUUUGUCUCACCAAAAUGGGUACCACAAUUGGCAGAUGCAAAGGAUGUAUUAGCAGCAAUUCAAAAUGUUGAGGGUGCUAGAUUUCCUGUCUUAACUCCGAAUCUCAAAGGUUUUGAGGCAGCUGUUGCUGCUGGAGCUAAAGAGGUUGCUGUUUUCCCUGCAGCUUCUGAAUCAUUCUCUAAAGCAAAUCUUAAUUGUGGCAUUGAGGAUAAUCUUGCUCGUUGCCGUGACAUUACUUUAGCUGCUAGAAGCUUCUCAAUCCCAGUUCGUGGAUAUAUAUCAUGUGUUGUGGGAUGCCCUUUGGAAGGAAAUAUUGCUCCAGCUAAAGUAGCCUAUGUGGCAAAAUCACUCUAUGAGAUGGGAUGCUCAGAAAUUUCACUAGGGGAUACAAUUGGUGUUGGUACACCUGGUACUGUCAUUCCGAUGCUUGAGGCUGUUCUUGAUGUUGUCCCAACUGACAAGCUUGCUGUCCACUUUCAUGAUACUUACGGCCAGGCGCUUUCAAAUAUUUUAAUUUCACUUCAGAUGGGGAUCAACACUGUGGAUUCAUCUGUCUCUGGUCUUGGAGGUUGUCCAUAUGCCAAGGGUGCAACUGGGAAUGUUGCCACUGAGGAUGUUGUUUACAUGCUGAAUGGACUUGGAGUGAAAACCAAUGUGGACCUUAGAAAGCUAAUUCUAGCUGGGGAUUUCAUCUGCAAGCAUUUAGGACGUGCUUCUGGUUCUAAAGCAGCAACUGCUUUAAGUAAAGUUACAACUCAUGCCUCCAAACUGUGAGUUUCUAAAGCUAGAUCAUGCAGAGUUUGCACGAUGGGUAGAAUUUUUACCCACUUCUGGGUAUUUGUUAUGUUGGUGCUCCCUUGCCGUGGGCCCUUCCUGUAGAAAUAGCCAGCAAACACAAAUGUAACACCGUUCAGUUCUGCUUGUGUUCUCAGUCAGUUGAGUUUGAUUAUUGAGACAUUACAUGGUGAACAUGGGUAAUC